AGAGAGAGAGAGGACUGAAUUAUUACGAUGAUGAGUCAUUGAAAAAGAAAAGAGAGGUCAAGUGGUUAAACAAGGAAAGGAGAGGGUGGCUUGUGUUAAGAAGCCAAGUUGUGAUGCUUUCGGUUAAGCUUGCUCGAACUGGCCUCGUCUAUGCUGUAUUCGGCAGUUAUAGGAAAUACAAUACAAAGAUCUUUCAAACUCUUCCUUCUUUCACCCCCUGUUCGCCUCUCUCUAUCUCUCUCUCUCUCUCUAAUCUCCUUCUCUGGAUUCUAAAUUCUCAGCUUCGGGGACAACAAGCCUGGGCAAAAGCAAGGGGGUCGAGAUAAUUUCUUUCGCCGACGAGAAAGUUUUGGUCUUUUGAUGCGAGUGAGGACAUCGGAAAUCUGGGUUCGGUCACCUUGUUAGAUAAAUGAGUGGCGAAAUAAUGUGGGAUCUUAACGACUCGCCCGAUCAGAUAAACGGCGACGAAUCAGAAGGCUGUUCUUCCUUGAAUGAUGAUAAAGGAAAGCGGGUCGACGGAUCUGUGUCCAAUUCAAGUUCCUCCGCAGUGGUAAUGGAGGAAGGAUCCGCCGAAGAAGACGGCGAGGGAAGCCGAAGGAUAUCGGACGGAAAGGAGAGCGAGAAGAAGAAGAAGCGAAGCAGUAAGAUAUUCGGGUUUUGCGUGACCCAUGAAGACUCAUCCAUGGAUAGUGCUGAAGCUGAACCACCCGUAACCAGGCAGUUCAUGCCGGUGGAGGAGGCUGACGACGUCGCCGGUGGCUCCUCCAGCCGAGCCUUUCCUCGGUCUCACUGGAUAGGCCUAAAAUUCAGCCAAUCAGAAGCAAGUGGCGGUGGUGGGAAAUCAGUGGAAGUAGUGUCGCCGUCGUCGUCGCAGCCUAUGAUUAAGAAAAGCCGGCGAGGCCCACGGUCAAGAAGCUCACAGUAUAGAGGAGUGACCUUUUACAGAAGAACAGGUCGAUGGGAAUCUCACAUAUGGGAUUGUGGAAAACAAGUCUAUCUGGGUGGAUUUGACACAGCACAUGCAGCGGCUCGUGCAUAUGAUAGAGCGGCCAUCAAGUUCCGGGGAGUGGAAGCAGACAUAAACUUCAACAUAGAAGACUAUGAAGAAGACUUGAAACAGAUGGGGAAUCUGACGAAGGAAGAGUUCGUGCACGUACUUCGCCGACAAAGCACUGGGUUUCCGAGGGGAAGCUCCAAAUAUAGAGGUGUAACUUUACACAAGUGUGGAAGAUGGGAGGCUCGACUGGGCCAAUUUCUAGGCAAAAAGUAUGUUUAUCUCGGUCUGUUUGACACCGAGGUUGAAGCUGCUAGGGCUUAUGAUAAAGCAGCAAUAAAGUGCAACGGCAAAGACGCCGUCACCAAUUUUGAUCCCAGCAUCUAUGAGAAUGAGCUUAAUUCUGAAUCCUCAGGUAACGCUGAUCACAAUCUGGAUUUAAGUCUGGGCAAUUCGAGGUCAAAUCACAAUUCUAGGCAAGCAUCGGUCAAUCUGUUGCCAGAACAACCUAGUAGAAGUAACAUGGAGUCUCAUCGAAGAAAUGUGCACGGCGAGAGUGAAACGCUGCGUCUUCUGAGUCAGACUCACCUUCAAUCUCCAGCCACUGAUGAAACUCAGAGAUAUGGACCCUACAAGAGUCCUGGACAACCUCAAAUUCUUAACCAUUUCCCGCAUUUUCACCACCCAAAUUAUCGUAUUCCUAGCAGCGGUCAUGGAAACGCAGGUCGUUUGGGAAGUGAUCUUUCAUUGUCAAUGAAUAAUCAAGAACGAUGGCAAUCUGGACAUUCUCAGUAUUUCUCUUCUGCUGCAGCAUCAUCAGGAUUCCCACAGCAGAUCACAACCUCAUCACAAGCUUGGCUGCAGAAAAAUGGGUUCCACACUUCUCUCAUGAGACCCUCCUGACCUGACCCUCCUCUUCAAUUUCCUGUCUCAACAUUUAUAUUCCAAUAAUUUACCCCCGGAUAAUUCUACAGGGAGCAGUCUUACCAUCAGAUCUAUUUUUUUUUAUAUAAAAAAUUAUCAAUAAAAAAUGUGAAAAUAAAUCUAGUGAUUAAAAUACAGUUAA